AUGGAGGGUGCACUUGAGGGGACCAAGGAUGGUAUGCUUGAUGGUGCAGAAGACUCUGAGGGGACACUAGAAGGUGAUUUUGACGGAGCAAAGGAUGGCGAGCUCGAAGGCAUAGAAGACCCUGAAGGGAUACUGGAUGGUAGAGAAGAUGGGGACUCUGAGGGACCAGCUGUUGGGGGCUGGGUAGGCAUGCUGGAUUGGAUGAACGAAGGUGGGGAUGAAGGAAGUGACGAUGGUGAACCUGAGGGGAUCAAAGAUGGCAUCAUGGAGGGAAGAGAAGACCCUGAAGGGACACCAGAAGGCAGGGAAGACAUGGAAGGUGUACUUGAUGGGAUAGAUGAUCCUGAAGGGGCACUUGAUGACAGAGAAGAUGGCGACUCAGACGAAAGAGAGGAUGGCAGUAUUGAAGGGGAGCUUGAUGGGGAGACAGAUCCAGAAGGAACACUGGAUGGCUGA